UAUAAAACCCACCGCCACCAUUGUUCGGCGCCAAAUCUCUCCUCUUCCAAUGUCAAGUGGCGGGAGUUAACUGAAUAGGGUUCGUAGUAGACUACGGAAGCUCGAAAUGGGGAGUUCGCAGCCCCAAUUGUUCAGCGUCAGAAUUGUUUCAAUUGACUAUUACAUGGCGCCUCCGAUUCCCGACUUCGACAUUUCUUAUAGUCAUUUCCACGGUGGGAAGGUGAACGAGGUUCCAGUGAUAAGGAUAUACGGUUCAACUCCGGCUGGUCAGAAGACUUGUUUGCACAUUCAUCAAAUUUUACCUUAUCUGUAUGUUCCUAUUUCUGAUCUGGGGCCUAUAACAAAUGAUGAAGCUGAUUCAAGCAUGCAUUCUGUAUCUCUUUCCCUUGAGAAGGCCCUGAAGCUUAAAGGAAAUACUGGCUCAAAACGUCAACAUAUACAUGGCUGCAAUCUUGUUCGUGCAAAGAAGUUCUAUGGUUAUCAUUCUUCAGAGGAGCUCUUUGUGAAGAUAUAUUUCUACCAUCCACAGGAUGUUUCUCGUGCUGCAAAUCUUCUUCUGGUAGGUGCUGUACCAGAUACAAAUUUACAGCCAUAUGAAUCACAUAUACCUUUUCUUCUGCAGUUCUUGAUUGACUAUAAUUUGUAUGGAAUGGGCCAUUUACACGUUUCUAAGAUGAAGUUUCGCCAUCCUGUUCCAGAUGUUUACUCACACCAGAAACUCAAAUACAGUAGUAAACUGAGAACAUCAAGAGAUGACACCACUUGCAUGGAUUUUCAGGCAGAUUCAGGGGGUGAUUUAUCUUUGGCUACUCCGAUAUGGAUAUCUUCUACGAUUCCCGAUGGGUGGAUAUGGCAAUUUUCAAAUCAACUCAGUUCUUCAGCAGGUGAAGUUUAUCCAAUGUUCAGGCGCCAGAGUACCUCUGAACUGGAAGCAGAUGCUGUAGCACAUGAUAUCGUAAAUCAGCAGUUUAUAUCAUAUGUCUCUAUGUCUCAAACUCCUUCCAACACGAAAAUGGUUCAGUCGCUAAUACCAAUAUGGGAGGAAGAACAUGCGGCGAAUGGGGUGACUAAAGUCACACUUCUUGAUCCAGAGAAACCAUUACCACGAGAUGUUUUAAGGGAUCUAUUAGGUGGGGCUGAGUUUGAGAAAUUUAUCGAUGUGUUAGAUGAUUCAGAUAACUGCUCACUUUUGACUCCAGAGUCAGUUAAGUCUUCAGCUGUUUGUGGAGAUUUUCUCGACCCUACGGCUGCUAACCUUGAAGAAAGCAGUUAUUUGCCAUCCAAUUAUUUAAAGGCAGUUGAGAAGGAUGGACCUCUUAUAUCAUUAAGUUCACCAUUACAGAAAUUUGUUGCAGCAGAAACUAAUGAGACUGAUGCAGCUAAACAACUGCAACUAUCUGCCAAUGUGGAACAGUCAACUGCAAAGGAUGAAGAUGCCUUAAGGCUUUUAAAGUGGCUUGCAUCAUCUCAGGCUACAGAAGAUAUCAACUCAGAUGAUGAACUCACUCGUGAGACAAUUUUAAGUCCCUUACUUCCUUCGAAAGACAUUGACAAAGUGUUAGAGAGAGCCAAUGUAGAUUAUGAGAGUGAAUCUCAAAAAGAGUGUCAAGAUAUUCUUGAUUCUGUUGGUAUGAUUAAUAAUGAAGACCAGGACGCCAUACCCUUCCAGUCUGCCGAGUACAAUGAUCCUGUCAAACAUUUUUGGAGUAGGGUUAUUCCACAAGUGGAUGGAUCCAGUGACGAUCCACCAUCAACUCCCUGCUCAGGUGAGUCACCCAAAACAGAAUAUAGUGAAGCAAAGUCAAAUGUUGAAGCACAAUCAUGGUCUAGAAUAGCCUCAAACUUGAGAAAUAAGCAUCUAAAUAAAAGACCUCAAUGGGGUUCUUUACCUGUUUGUUGUCAGAAAGUGAGUGAUUUUUUGCCUCCCAGUGUAAAAGAAGAUUUGGGAACUUCUUUGACUGGAAAUGAUACAGAUAAACUUCCAUGUGUAAAAGUUGAUAAGAAGAAAGAUAUAUGUCACACUGGGAAAGCUAGUGUAAUAGCUGAAUGCUCCACACGGGAUUUGAUGAGGAGGAAGCGAUCUUGUCGAGUCGAACUUGCUGAUCAUAGGAGCCCAGUGGGAGUUCGGGAUACAAAAUUCUCUGAUUCUGAUUGUGCAAGCAGAGAUGUAUACCUUGCCUCAAGAUCAAGGAGUUGUGAUGAAAACAAAAAGGCUCUUACUUCACGGACAAAGUCACAUGCAAGGAAUAUAAAUUCAAGUGUUGAGGUCUGCAGUGAGGCUAUUCAUAUAAACCCAUCUUGUUCCCCUGUUUUAGGGGAAUUGCAUGGAUCAUCUUGUGAGGAUGGUAUGGAUGCAGAAAAUCUACUAAAAAAUGAAAACACUGAGUGUGUUAAUCAUAAUUACAGCUGUUCUGGUGAAUAUUUGCACAGCACUGUUGAUAGUAAUAUGAAUGUUGACGAAUCUGAACAUGCUCAUGUUUCAACUACAGAGACUUUUGGUAAAGUUUUAGGUCGCACAAUGCUACUAACUGAUAUUGUGGAAUCAUGUACUGUCCCUUCAAAUUCAGCUGCAACUGAGCCUGCAUACGACACUGAUUGCACAAGCGAAAGGUAUCCAACCUCAGUCUCUAUCCACAAGUUGCUCAACUUUCCAACUGAGAAUUUGAAGGGCAUGGAAAGGGAGACAGCAGCCAUGCAGUUUGAAAAGUUACCAUAUUGUGGAAAAGAUCCUGGUAUGGAUGAAGCUUAUGACUCAUCAAAAGACCAGGAAGCUGAAACUGUAAAACUUACUGCUAUGACCAUUCUGAAGAAACCUCCAACUAUAGAUUGGAAAGAUGAGGGCAAGACUGAAGCUCCUUUAUCUCUUCAGGGAAGAUCUGCAAAUGAUUUGCAGCCUUUCUUUGAGAGGAAUUUCCUGGAAGACGAACAACUUCCAUGUGUUAGCCCUAGAAAAAGUGGGCUUGUCGAUAACCAUGAAGCAGUAAUGGGUGUUCCUGUUCUUUACCAGAAUGAUGGGUCAUAUUUAUACAUGCUGACUCCUGCAAUGUCACCCCCAUCGAGGCAAUCUGUUGAUAGAUGGCUGUUAUCUGAUUGCUCUGACAUUUCCAGGCACAGGAUGGACUCACCACCGCAAUUUCUUCCGAUAUCUGAUGGAUUAUCUGGUGAUUUGGUGGAAGAACGAGAUUCUCAGGCUACUGACAGUUCCAUCCAGCCUGAGUCUGCUUUUAUGUCCAUGCAUGACAAAAGGCCAAACCGAACUCAACCACCAGAGCAUAAUCAAGAGAUUAAGAGGAAACUAGAAACCAGCUGCUCACUAGAUACCUCUCAGAUAUCUGGUCCUGAUAAAAAGAUGAGGUUCACUCCAUUAAGUCAGAUUGGUUUUCGAGAUCCAGCAAGUGCUGGUGAAGGACAGCAGCUAACAUUGCUUAGUGUGGAGGUACAGGCUGAGUCUAGAGGGGAUUUAAGACCGGAUCCUCGCUUUGAUGGCAUCAAUGCUAUCAUUCUUGUUCUUCAAGAGGACAAUGCAUCUAUGUCCGAUACUUAUGUUCUUCUGCGGUGUGAUUCUGCUAAUCUGGAAAAGGAUCUUGAUGCAGUUUCGGAGUCCAAAACAUGUGUUUGUCAGGAAGAAUCACAAUUGCUUAAUCAUUUCACGAAGCUAAUCCAUGAUUUUGACCCUGAUAUUCUUAUGGGCUGGGAUGUUCAAAGCGGUUCCCUUGGGUUUUUGGCUGAAAGGGCAGCACAUCUUGGCAUUGGUUUGCUGAAUAAUAUAUCGAGGACGCCAUCUCGAAUCAAUAUAUCUUCUGCAGAUUAUAAGGCUUCUGACAAAGAAAAAGAUUCCAAAUCUGUAACUGGUGAAGUAGUUCAUCUAGAGAACUCCAUAAUUGAGGACGAGUGGGGCCGGACACAUGCCAGUGGUGUUCAUGUUAGUGGUAGAAUUGUGCUCAAUGUCUGGAGACUAAUGCGUAAUGAAGUUAAGCUAAAUAUGUACACAGUUGAAGCUGUUGCUGAGACAGUGCUGAGGCGAAAAAUUCCAUACAUCCCUUGGAAAGUGCUAACAAAAUGGUUUGCUAGUGGCCCUGGACGAGCAAGGUAUAGAUCUAUUGAUCAUACAAGUGAGAGAGCAAAGUUGAAUUUACAGAUUCUGAAUCAGCUCGAUAUGAUAAACCGAACAUCAGAACUUGCUAGAGUAUUUGGUAUUGACUUCUUUUCAGUACUAUCUCGAGGCUCACAGUAUCGUGUUGAAUCAAUGUUUUUGCGUUUAGCUCACACACAGAACUAUCUUGCCAUUUCCCCCGGAACCCAACAGGUUGCUAGUCAACCAGCAAUGGAAUGUAUACCGCUUGUUAUGGAGCCAGAAUCAAGGUUUUAUGCAGAUCCUGUUGUUGUUUUGGAUUUUCAGUCUCUUUAUCCAUCGAUGGUAAUUGGAUAUAACCUCUGCUAUUGUACUUGUCUGGGAAAGAUCACACCUCCAAUGACACAUGGACUUGGCGUCUGUGCAUAUUCACCACAUUUAAAUACGUUACGCAAUUUGAAGCACGAGUUACUGGUAGCUCCAAAUGGUGUCGCCUAUGUUCCAUCAAAGGUACGGAGAGGUAUACUACCUAGGCUAUUGGAAGAGAUACUAUCAACCAGAAUCAUGGUGAAACAAGCAAUGAAAAAGUUAGAUCCGUCUCAGCUUGUUCGACACAGGAUAUUAAAUGCUCGACAGCUUGCUUUAAAGCUUAUAGCAAAUGUCACCUAUGGCUAUACAGCUGCUGGGUUUAGUGGACGCAUGCCUUGUGCUGAACUUGCGGAUAGUAUCGUGCAGUGUGGCCGUAGAACUUUGGAAACUGCAAUCUCUUUCGUAAACUCAAAUGACAAGUGGAAAGCUAAAGUUAUUUACGGUGAUACAGAUAGCAUGUUCGUGCUCCUUAAAGGGCGGUCUGUUCAAGAAGCGUUCGCGAUUGGACGAGAAAUUGCAUCAGCAAUAACCAAAAUGAAUCCCAGUCCUGUCACAUUGAAAAUGGAAAAGGUUUAUCACCCAUGCUUCCUCCUUACAAAGAAGCGAUAUGUUGGUUACAGCUACGAGAGCCCCGAUCAGAGCAAGCCGAUCUUUGAUGCUAAGGGUAUUGAGACAGUUCGAAGAGAUACAUGUGCUGCUGUAUCCAAAACCAUGGAGCAGUCAUUGAGGAUCUAUUUCGAAAGCCAGGAUAUAUAUAAGGUAAAAGCUUACGUGCUGCGCCAGUGGACGAAGAUAUUAUCUGGCAGGGUCUCCAUUCAGGACUUUGUUUUUGCAAAGGAGGUUCGCUUGGGCACGUACGCAGAACAUGCUUAUUCACUUCCUCCGGCUGCAAUUGUGGCCACCAAAUUACUGCGCAAAGACCCUCGGGCAGAGCCUCGGUAUGCUGAGCGGAUACCUUACGUUGUGAUCCAUGGUGAGCCCGGUGCUCGUCUAAUGGACAUGGUGGUCGAUCCGCUUGAACUUCUAGCCAUCAAUUCCCCUUUCAGACUAAAUGAUAUCUAUUACAUUAGGAAACAAAUCAUGCCUGCUUUGCAGAGAGUGUUUGGGCUGGUUGGAGCUGAUCUGAACCAGUGGUUCCUGGACACACCCCGCCCGGUGCGCGAAACUGCUGGGAAACGCCAGACUGUUGCGCAGAAUCCACAGAGGAUGAGAAUCGAUUAUUACUAUGCAUCGCAGCAUUGUACUAUCUGUGGAGAGGUGGUUCAGGGAUCAGCUCAUCUCUGCCAUGAUUGUUCCAAGAAUGAAACAACUGUUGCUAUAGCCUUGGCGGGAAGAACAUCGAAACUCGAAAAGAAUAUCCAACACCUUACUGCUAUAUGUCGUCAUUGUGGAGGGGGGGAUUGGGUUGUUGAAAAUGGCGUGAAAUGUACUUCGUUAGCGUGCUCAGUUUUCUAUGAGAGAAUAAAAGUUCAGAAAGAAUUGCAGUCACUGUCAGAAGUAGCUACAGCAACUGGUUUCUACCCAAAAUGCAUGGUAGAGUGGUUCUAACUCUUCAACUUUUACACAUUAUUAGAAUGUUUUUUAGAACUUUCAUAGAGAUGUAUGUAUGUGUACAUAAAUAUAAAUUGUGUACAAUUAUAGUACUCAAAUAUUGAGCACUUAUGUAUACAUACAUACUAGUGUUAGAUUAGAUUUUCCGUUCACUUAGUCCUUCCAUUUGUCUUAUCGGUGGGAGAGAGACUUGGGGAAGAUUGGUGUGCAAUUCUUGUAAUUUGAUGUGGAAAUAUGUAGUAAUGGUGCUACUUGUAUUAUCAUAUAGGUUGGUUUUAUUUGUUGCGAGUGGAAAUUGAUUGAGAUAAUAAGAAUGUUUACUUUCGAA